AUGGCAGGUCAAGAAACAGUCAACAAAGCUAAGGAACUUGAGGUUGAGAAACUUUUGAAGAAGUUGAAUAAACCAGCCGUUAAGUCCAUUAAGAUGAGGCCAACAUUCUGUCCAAAAAGAAGCAAUUUUUCACAAUCAAACCCAAUUGCUCAAUUGUGGCACCAAAGUGGAAAUUGUCCAAAAGGAACCAUUCCCAUAAGAAGAACAACAAAAGAUGACGUAUUGAGGGCAGAUUCUAUCCAUCAAUUUGGGAAGAAGAUCAAUCAGACCAUUCCUGAUCUGUCUGGAUCAUUAUACUCUACUAAUGGCCAUGAGGUAUUAGUCCCUAUACUCAUUAUUUUAUGCCAUAGCCGAUUUGCGAGGAAUAGAUACUAUGGAGCCCAGGCAUCCAUAAACAUUUGGAAGCCCCACGUUCAAGAAUCCAAUGAAUUUAGCCUCUCUCAAAUUUGGAUUGUGAAUAGUGAUGAUUCUAAUAAGGUUGAGACCAUCGAAUCUGGUUGGCAGGUAUAUAUACGACAUAUAUAUGCAUAUAUACUUUUUAUAUAUUGGACAAGCGACUCAUAUGACCGCACUGGAUGUUACAAUCUUGGCUGCUCUGGCUUUGUUCAAGUUGAUAAUAAAAUAGCAGUUGGAGGCAGCCUGCAACCAUUCUCCGUAUAUGGUGGUUCUCAAUAUGCAUUCUCCAUCCUUAUCUGGAAGGAUCCAGGAAGUGGAAACUGGUGGAUGUUACUUGGGAAUAGUAUAUUUGUGGGAUAUUGGCCAGCUUCUUUGUUCAAUCAUAUGUCUGGGAGUGCAUCAAAUGUGCAGUGGGGAGGUGAAAUAAUAAACAUAAGGUCUCACGGCCAGCACACCACAACAGGAAUGGGAAGUGGUUAUUUCCCUCAAGCAGGUUUUGGAAAGGCUAGCUUCUACAAGGACGUUUCUAUUGUUAAUAGAAAUAAUUAUCUUGUGUCUCCAAGUAACUUUGGCACUUACGCUAGCAAUGCCAAGUGCUAUGAUAUUACCCCAUUUGGUCAUUCUAAUAACUGGGGUGCCUACUUCUUCUAUGGAGGUCCUGGAAGAAACCGAGACUGUCUGUAG